UGCGUGAUACAUAUCCAGCCAUAUAUUUCAGAAACGACCUUGUAUGUCAUAUUACAUCCAUUUUAAUAUGAAACCUUCACAACCUACCAGGUAUGUGUCCUGCAAAAGGUAGUUCAUGAUCUUUGUCUGCUUAUCAAACCAGCUUGGAACUCAGCCUCGUGCAUUCUCAGUUGCUACCAUUAUUCGAAGCACUGGUUCCAAAGUGAGGAUUGUAACUGCAUAGCUGUGUUUCACAGAUGAUCACCACAACUAUUGAGGUUAUUCUGUAAUCAAUGAAAAUUGCCCUGGGGCAGAGUGGAACAUAAUGUGCAGAGGUUGCUGUGAAUACACACAGGUAGAGUGCACAUGUCCAGGGAACAAGGCAUUAGUAGGCUAUUCAAUACCAUGCUGCAGGAAUGAAAACAACGAAUGCGACCCCUGCCUAAUACAUCUGGGUUGCUCUGUUUUUGAAAACUGCAAGGCAUGCCAUAAUGGGACAUGGGGAGCUUCACUGGAUGACUUCUAUGUAAAAGGGUCAUAUUGUUCUGAAUGUCGGGCUGGAUGGUUCAGAGGAGACUGCAUGGGAUGUGGUGGUGUAUUAAGCUCUUCAAAAGGCCAGAUUGUGCUGGAAGGUUAUCCAUUCAAUGCACACUGUGAGUGGACAGUGCGUGUUAGACCAGGGUUUACUGUGGAAAUAAGGUUUGAUAUGCUGAGUCUGGAAUUUGAUCACAUGUGCAAGUACGACUUUUUGGAGGUCCGUGAUGGUGAUAAUGUUGACUCUGGGGUUAUUGCGAAGGUCUGUGGUAAUGAGAGGCCUGCUCCAAUUCGAAGCACUGGAAACUCCUUGCAUGUUUUAUUUACCUCUGAUGGAUCUAAGAACUAUGAUGGAUUCUAUGCAACCUUCUCUGAAAUUACAGCCUGCUCUUCAUCUCCUUGCUUCCAUGAUGGGACAUGUAUCCUUGACAAGUCUAACUCCUUCAGAUGUGCUUGCCUUGCAGGGUACACUGGGAAACACUGUGAAUUUAUGGUGAUGUGUAGGAACCCAGGUGCGCCAUCAAAUGGAAUUAUGAAAGGAACGGACUUUAGAUAUGGAUGCCAGGUUUUCUUCAGCUGCAAUCCUGGUUACAAGUUAAAAGGCAGCCACGUAGCCUAUUGCCAACUGGAUGGGAACUGGUCACCAAGUGUUCCACAAUGUGAUCCAGUUGAAAAGUUGCAGACCUGUGCACAGCCUGGCAUACCACUGCAUGGGUAUAUGACAACUAUAGAAGGAACCGGUCGCAUUAUUGAUGGUCACGCAACCGUUGGAACAGUGCUUCAGUUUACAUGCAAUAGCUCUUAUCAACUAACUGGAAGUGACCAUAGAAUAUGUUUAAAGGAUGGACAGUGGACAGGCGACCAUCCAACCUGUGUCAAAGUGCCAGCUCAGAAGAUACAGACCUGUCCGCAGCCUGGUAUACCAAUGCAUGGAUACAUGGAAGCUCUAGCUGGAACUGGCAGAAUGAUUGAUGGCCAUGCAACUGUUGGAACAGUGCUUCAGUUUACAUGCAAUAAUUCUUACGAUCUAACUGGAAGCGACCAUAGAAUAUGUUUAAAGGAUGGACAGUGGACAGGCAAGCAACCAGUCUGUGUCAAAGUUCCAGGUGAAAAGCUACAGGCCUGUCUGGUGACUGAUGUACCAGUCCAUGGAUAUAUGGAGACUGUAGAAGGAACUGGACAUAUUACUGACAACUAUGCAACAGCUGGAACAGUGCUUCGGUUUGCAUGCAAUAAUUCUUAUCAACUAAGUGGAAGUCAGCAUAGAAUGUGCUUGAAGGAUGGACACUGGACAGGAAAGCGAUCUGUAUGUGUAAAAGUUCUACAUAAAAAAUUGCCAACCUGUCCAGAUCCUGGUGCACCAGUGCAUGGAUAUAUGGAAACUGUAAAAGGAACAGGACACAUAGGUGAUGGCUAUGCAACAGCUGGAACAGUGGUGCAGUUUGCAUGCAUUUAUUCAUACAUCCUAAUAGGAAAUGACCACAGAAUAUGCCUGAAAGGUGGACAGUGGACAGGCAAGCAACCAGUUUGUGUCAAAGGUGAAGAAUUGCAGAGCUGUCCAGAGCCUGGCAAACCAAUGCAUGGCUAUAUGGAAACAGUAGAAGGAACUGGACAUAUAAUUUAUGGCUUUGCAACUGCUGGGACAGUUAUUCAGUUUACAUGCAAUGAUACAUACAUGUUAGUUGGAUCUGAGCACAGAAUAUGCCUGAAGGAUGGACAGUGGACAGGCAUGCAACCAGUUUGUGUCAGAGUUCCAGGUGAGAAACUGAAGAACUGUCCAGAACUUGCUGUACCAAUGAAUGGGUACAUAGAAGUUAUAGAAGGAAUGGGCCAUAUCACUGAUGGAGAUGCAGCUGUUGGAACAGUGGUUGAGUUUGGAUGCAAUAAUUCUUACAUUCUAGCUGGAAGUGGGCACAGAAUGUGUUUGAAAGAUGGGCAGUGGACAGGAAAACAACCAGUCUGUGUCAAAGUUCCAGGUGAAAAAUUACCAAAAUGCACAGAGCCUGAAAUUCCAGAACAUGGAUAUAUGGAAACCAUAGAAGGAACCGGAAGUAUAAUUAAUGGGUUUGCACCUGCUGGAACAGUUAUUCAAUUUGCCUGUAAUGAUACAUAUAUUUUAGAAGGAAAUGAGCAAAGAAUAUGCUUGAAAGAUGGACAGUGGACAGGCAAGCAACCAGCCUGUGUCAAAGUUCAAGCUGAAAAGCUACAAAAUUGUCCAGAGCUUAGUAUACCAGAGAAUGGGUAUUUGGAAAUCAUGGAAGGAACAGGCCUUAUCACUAAUGACCAAGCAACCGUUGGAACAGUAAUACAGUUUACAUGUAAUAACUCUUAUGUUCUAACUGGAAGUAAGCAACGAAUGUGCCUACAAGAUGGACAAUGGACAGGGAAACAACCAGUGUGCGAUAAAGUUCCAGAAGAAAAAUUUGAGAAUUGCCCAGUGCCUGUUAUACCAGUACAUGGAUACAUGGAAGUUUUAAAUGGAACAGGAAAUAUAAUGAAUGGUUUUGCAACUUUUGGGUCAGUGAUACAGUUUGCAUGUAAUAACUCCUACACUCUUGUUGGAAAUGAGCAAAGUAUUUGCCAGAAAGAUGGACAAUGGACUAGCAAGCAGCCCAUUUGUGAGAAAGUUCCGGAAGAAAAAUUAGAGAACUGCCCAGAGCCUGUCAUACCAGUACAUGGAUACAUGGAAGUUUUGAAAGGAACAGGAAAUAUAAUUAAUGGUUUUGCAACUGUUGGGACAGUGAUACAGUUUGCAUGUAAUAGCUCCUACACCCUUGUUGGAAAUGAGCAAAGUAUUUGCCAAAAAGAUGGACAAUGGACUAGCAAGCAAGUCUGUGAGAAAGUUCCAGAAGAAAAAAUAGAGAACUGCCCAGAGCCUGUCAUACCAGUACAUGGAUACAUGGAAGUUUUAAAAGGAACAGGAAAUAUAAUUAAUGGUUUUGCAACGGUUGGGACAGUGAUACAGUUUGCGUGUAAUAGCUCCUACACCCUUGUUGGAAAUGAGCAAAGUAUUUGCCAGAAAGAGGGAGAAUGGACUAGCAGGCAGCCCAUCUGUGAGAAAGAGCUAGAUGAGAAGAUUUUCCACUGCCUACUACCUGGCAUUCCCACCCAUGGCUAUAUGGACAUUCUGGAAGGCACUGGACUUAUUAAAAGUGGCUAUGCAACUUCAGGCACAGUGAUCAGCUUUGUUUGUAAUAAUUCUUACGUUCCAAGUGGAAGUGAAGAAAGAAUAUGUCAAGAAGAUGGACAAUGGACAGGGAAGCAACCUAUCUGUGUCAAAGGGUGCAAGGAACCCAAAAUACCUGAGCUGCUGAGGCAGAAGGUGCUCCCAUUGUACAUUCCUUCAAGGAUGACGUCUUUACCUGUGCCAUACUCUGCCAUAUUCACCAAGAAGACAUAUGAAAUUUAUCCCACUAAAAAAACUGUGCUGCCUAUCAUGGAAGUAGCCCCUGGAUAUCAUAAUCUGCAUACUCAGCUAGAAUAUGACUGCAUAUCUCAGUUCUACCAGCGCACUGGGAGUAAAAGGAGAACAUGCCUAAAAACAGGAAAGUGGAGUGGACGACCUCCAAAGUGUUCUCCAAUCUGCGGUCGGCUUCAGAAUUUUAACCUUCCAAAGAUUUCUGAGAGCAGGUGGCCAUGGCUGGCAGCAAUAUAUCAGAAGAGAAAGCAAAUUAGCAAUGAAAGUUUUAAAAAAGUGGUCUUGUCCUGCAGUGGGGCGCUGCUGAAUGAGAGAACUGUUGUAGUGGCAGCACACUGUGUAACUGAGCCAGGUAAAAGUACAGUGAUAAAUGCAGCAGAAAUAAGAGUCGUCCUUGGGAAGUUCUAUAGACAUGAACACCGCGAAGAAAAGAACCUUCAGACCUUACAGAUUGCGGCAGUACUUGUCCACCCAAACUAUGACCCAGCAGUGCUUGAUUCAGACAUUGCUGUAUUAAAGCUUCUUGACAAAGCCAAAAUCAGUGACCUUGUUCAGCCGAUCUGCCUACCUAGCGGGGAUGAUUUUGAUUCACCUGCACAGAAUAUGCAAGCCAUGAUCACAGGAUGGAAGAUAACAUCUGAUGACAGGGAUCCAGAUUCUAAAAAUGACACUGUGCGGAUUGGCACCAUAGAAAUAGGCGAUUCUGUUCUGUGUGAACAGCAGUAUGAGGAACAUAAGAUACCAGUUAUUGUUACAGACAAUAUGUUCUGUGCAAAGCAGCACAUGCAUGGCAUCUCCAAUAUCUGCCCUGCAGAAACAGGUGGGAUUGCAAUGUUACCCACUGCUGAAAAACCAGAGCUAGGACUGGUGUGGAAUCUCAUAGGACUGGUCAGCUGGGGAUAUGACUCACCUUGCAGUCCUGAACUUUAUACAGGUUUCACUAAAGUUACGCCUUUUAAGGAAUGGCUUGAAAAAAAUAUGAAAUAAUUUUUAAUAGCUUUUAGUGAAUAAUUUGUUGUUAGUAUACAGGCUGGUACCUUAGAGAAAUGACAUCAAAUGUAGCAAUAAUUUUAUUUAGUAUGCACAGUACUGUAUGUGAGACUAUAGGGAGUGACUGGGUUUGAAUAUUGUACCUCAUGUUUCUUUUUCAAUAGGUCAUGCUUCAGUCUUUAGGUGGGAUGAAGGCCCUACACCAGUUAUCUCAAAUCCUGGUUAUCUUUCUACCUAAAAUGUUUAGGUCUACGAAAUAAGGCAAGUUAUCAGAAAUUUCUGAGCUGGCUGUCAUUAGAUAUGAUUAUGUUUGGUCAAUCUUCUUGGGGUGCAUUUCUAUGCUUGGCUUUGUAUUGUUUUUGUGCAUUGGAAAUAAUACUAUGGAAUCAAAAUGAUGUGUCAUGGGCCUUCAUCCAGUAUGCUUUCUUCUUAUUGAAUGCAGGUCAUUGAUAUGUAUUUGUAGUCCAGGAUUUCUACAAUAUACAAUGUAAAUAACUGCAGUUGUGUUUAUUGCAAUGUACCACUGGCGUUGGUCUAUAAAUGAAAUGUUAUAUGUGAAUACCUCAUGUACCUCUCAAUAUCCUAGCAAAUUAUAAGAAUGAUUUUCAGAAUGUUUGUUCACGUAAAAUUUAAAAACGACAAAGGGUAAGGACUCCUGUGUUUCCUUGGAAUUUAUAGAAAGCAGACUUUGUAAUAAUAUACUGAUAGUUUACCAGGAAAACAAUCCUCAGCAAGAAACAUUACCCAGCUACUGAAUGGAUACAGAGUCACAAAUCUGCAUGCAAACAUUUUUGCACACUUAACUUUUUAUCUCACUAUAAAUUACUUUUACAGAUUGUAUAAUUAAAUGGAAAAAAUGCAUUACAUUUAUAACUGUUAACAUUUAAAUAAAAUUAUUUCUGAUACAGCAGAAGCAAGAUUUUUCUGAACAAAAAGAUUUCUCUGAAAUUGACACAGAUGGUUACAGAUUUCCACUUUCGUAUUAUGUGGGGGUCUGCUAGAAUACAUUAUUAGCCUUCUGGCUGGUGCAGUGGCAGGUAAGGGAUACUGGCAAUGAAGUAGCCAUAAACACAUCAAACUUCAAGUACAGUGUCAGUAAGAUAAAAAGCAGUGACCAUCAAUAAUAUUUGUCUUUUAUGGGAGUUAGACCAGCUUCAUGUUAUUUGUUGAGAAAGGUUAGAAGAAGUUUUGAAAUCAUUCCAAAAACUAGGAAGAAAAAUGUUACAUUAUAACUUGUUUGCUCCCUAUUAUUAUUAAUAUAUUUCCUGGCAAAGUUUAAUAAAAAGUAAAAUAAAACUGAAGUGACAUGUGACUACUGUUUACUAAACUUCAUAUUGCAUGCGUAGGUUUACUCUGUUCAUCUGUUGUAUCUUGCAGAUGGAUAUUUGCCACCAUCAUGGCACUCUACCUCAAGACCUUUUAAAAACCACACCCAGCUCAAUGUCCAGAAUAGAAGUAUUAAUACUAAGUUUCAUUACUGCAGUAUAUAACAUAUGUCAUUUAUCUAAUGUUAUAUAUGGCAUUAUCCUGUUAUUCGUUACUCCUACUACCUUAUCAUGACAAACUGCACAUGUGGUAGUUGCUAUAUAAAUUCUGGUGCCUAACAUCAGGUCCUGAUCUACAAAAACUGUUUCAACUGCAUCAGAAAUUAAGUUCAAGUUCCCCUUCUGUGUGGUAGUAUGCUAUUCUCCACUGUAAUCUUGGCCUACACAUUCAAGCUAGAUUAAGUCUAAAGUAUAGCUGCUGAUUCUCAGGUGUCACAUGUACUAUAUGUUUCUUUCCUGUUUUAAUGAGCAGGCUAUGUCUAACCAUUUAAACAAUUAAUUGUUUGACUAUUAUUAUGUAAUAUCCAUCAAAGGAGUUAGCACUGUCUAUUUUGAGUACUGACAAUCACAUGCUUUAUGGAAUAUUAUUGAAACUGCCAGGUUGAUUUUAUUCAUUUAUAAUAUAGUGAAUUAAGAUUCUGUUGUUUGUUGUCUCCAAAGCCUUCUGAUGUUUUGGCCACUGUGAUUAUGUUUUGCACAAAAUAAUAAUUAUUGAAUAAUAACUGUACAAUAACUCAGCUGGAAAAUGCACUGUAUACUUAUGUUCUUGAUUGCUAUAAUAAUAUGAAGAUGUCAGGUUGUUCCCAAAAAGUACAGUUUCUGUUUCUGCUGAUUAAUAAAGUUACACAUGUGGUUUAA